GGGUUUGCCCGUCGUCCACCGCGUCGCCAACGACCACCACCAUGUCUUUUGCGCGCGCUCUAGUCGCCGCCGGUCCCUCUGCCAGGCUGGCCGCUGGCCGUGUCACUGCUUCUCGCUCUCUCGCGCUCGCAUACCGUUGGCAUUCCACCGCUCCCCAUCAACAGCAGGUCGACCCUCUUGUCAAUAACAAGCCCAGAGACUACCUGAACCCGGGACCGCCGAUCCGCUCGCCUGGCACAGAAACCGCUACCUAUUCUGCCACAAACGAGCCCGGGAAGGACUACGAUCCGUACAAGGACGGUCCGAGUGCAAUCGACAAGGCCGUGCACUUGUUCUUCUUCACAGAAAUUAUCCGGGGCAUGUGGCUUGUGUUGGAGCAAUUCUUCCGCCCCCCAUACACAAUCAUGUACCCGUUCGAGAAGGGCCCCCUUUCUCCUCGCUUCCGGGGAGAGCAUGCUCUCCGUAGAUACCCUAGUGGUGAAGAGCGCUGCAUUGCUUGUAAGCUUUGCGAAGCCAUUUGCCCGGCGCAGGCCAUUACCAUCGAGAGCGAAGCCCGGUUGGAUGGCUCGCGAAAGACCACUCGUUAUGACAUCGACAUGACGAAGUGCAUCUACUGCGGAUUCUGCCAGGAAGCGUGCCCCGUGGACGCUAUCGUUGAGACUCAGAAUCAGGAGUUCUCCACCGAGACUCGUGAGGAGCUGCUCUACAACAAGGAGAAACUACUCGCCAAUGGCGACAGGGCGGAGGCCGAGAUUGCGGCCAACCUCCACGCGGACCACGUCUACCGGUGAUAGAACUUUCAUGGGAGUUUCGCCUGAAUGGGGAGAGAACAUCGUGCCGCCACCAUGCUGAUGUGAUGCGACCUCGUCCACGUAAUGAUGAUGUUGUUUCCUUCAGGUCACCCC